AAAUGAUCUUCAGAAUUCGCGUUUCUGUGGUGAUCGAGCACAAUGAACACAACGGGGACGCUCCUUGUUGUUGACGAUCCUCCCCCUACACGCGUGCAUGGUUUGUGAUCGAGGAUUGAGUGUGCACGUGAGCUUGACAGUGGAAUGCCACGGGUGAUACACUAUCUUGACUAACCGUAAGUAGUUGGUCAUACCAGCCAAUAAGCUAAGAUCGGGUGGGCUCAGCGUGGGCGAAAGUGAUAAUAGACGGUGGAGGAGGAGACAAUAUCAACGGUUACGAACUUCAGUUGAAAUUGAUCGUUCAGCAAACGAGCUCUAGCAGUUCCUCUUUCGCUUCAAGGAAGGAAGCAGGUAUGGAACUGUUGAUGCGAAAUCAGUUGGAUGGACCUGACGAACUGCCCAACUUCUACCACUUGGCCGGCUAUCAACAACCGCAGUUAGCAGUUCAUCCUCAGCACAAUGCUGUGUACCCUGCCAAUUACAUGGUCGGAAAUGGCUUCUGUAUUUACUCAACUGAUCGCUUCUUGCAUGCCCCUAGUUAUUCGCACUGUGCACAGAACGUUGUUGCGGCAUCAGCAGCAUCACCGUUGUCUGCGUUACUGCCACCGCCUUUGAGCUGGCCAAGUGACGAUAUUCAAUCUAGUGGUAGUGAGACGUCAAUCCUCGACAGUAUCGUUGAUGAACUCGAAACGGAACAGAUAGUGAACAACUUUCUGGACGAUGCCGUUGAGAAUUUUCCUGACGUUCUUCCUGACUUGGAUUUGGAUGCGUAUCUCGAUGCGACUAUACCGUCGAUCACACGUCCUCCACCACCUCUCCUCCUAGCGACAACACAUCAGCCUGCAGAAUCAGCGCAAUGCCUGCCACCUCGAUUCGAAGCGAUGGUAAACAUCAAGCAGGAGGAUGCGGGGGAGAUGGCUUCAUCGUGCCGCGAACAAGUCGACACUAAACCUGGCGCCAAAAGAAAACGCCAACGCAGCGCUGCAGCUCGUCGUGCUUCACUAGCAAGUACAGGCAGCUCACCGGGCACUCCGUCGUCGGAUGACGGCAGCGACGGCGUUGCCGUCAACUCGCGUUCUCGCCACAUCGACCGCGAAUCGAAGCUGCAUCGCUGCGACUAUCCUGGAUGCGACAAAACGUACACGAAGAGCUCGCAUCUCAAGGCUCAUCUACGGCGGCACACAGGUGAAAAACCGUUCGCUUGCACUUGGGAAGGAUGCGGAUGGCGAUUCUCGCGUUCUGAUGAGCUCGCACGGCAUCGGAGAUCUCAUUCGGGUGUGAAACCGUUCCAGUGUGGAGUGUGUCAGAAGCGUUUCUCUCGCAGCGAUCAUUUGUCUAAGCACCUGAAAAUUCAUCAAAACGGACGCUCCAGAUCGCGGACCAAGUCGAACGCUUGACGUUUUGUGCAAGUGCGGACGGUAAUAAAUAGUGAUGUCUGUAUGUCUGUACUGUAUGAUCAAGUUUUGAUAGCCUUUCACACCCUCAGCUUUACGAUGGAAGAGAAGAGUGUACCGACCUAUUUACGGGACGGGAUAUCACUAUUUUGUAAAGAACUUGAAGUGUUUAGCUUAGUUCCCUACAGUGCCUAGUAGAGACUACAAAUAGAAAUGGUGCUAGUCGCCUUUUUCUUGACUUUUUGAAAGGCGUUUUGUGUUUAGAUAUAGAGAUAGAUUAGAAGUGUAUUUAUAAGGUGGUGAUUUUUUGACGAGCUAGUAGUUUUAGUGAUGUCUUUUAAGCUGCUCUUGUUGUAUGAAACGGCAUACUGAUGUAACAUCAUGUAUGUUUUCUUUCACUA